CUUCCACGCCAUUGGUGAACUGGUUUUAUUCGGGAGACACCUUUACAAUGCAGCGCCCAAUAAGGUUUUAUUUAUUUUUUAUUUUUUGGAUCAGAUUUAGGGGAAAACCUUAGGACUGUAAUAUACAUACAUAAAAAGCAGAAUCUGCGGAUUAUAUUUAAGUCUAUACGACGAAUGUUUAUGAAUUCAUGCUUGGCAGACACCCUUAUCCGUUCUGCCCAGCGAGCGCCGUGAGCGCCGUGACAGUAAAAAACUAUUUUAUAACGAUGAGAUACGUGAUCGAGAUACGUGUCCAGCAGUCUAAGUACUAAUAACAUGCCCCACUGCGUCAUAUAAUUAGAUGCUAACAGUCAUGUUAGAGUCGUUAAUCUGCCACUCGUGCUGAAGAUGAUUGUGAAACCAUAAUGGCAUGGACCUAGGCAAAGAGACGAUGACGGCUUGCCUCUGAAAGGCUACUCAAGAGGAGUUGAAGUCGUCGUACAGGCGUCUUUGUAUGCUGUACCACCCUGACAAACACAGAGACCCUGAGCUAAAGAAGCAGGCUGAACAACUCUUCACCUACGUGCACCAGGCAUAUGAGGUUCUCAGUGACCCACAAUCCCGAGCCAUAUAUGACAUAUUUGGGAAAAAAGGCCUAGAGGUAGAAGGUUGGGAGGUGGUGGAGAAGAAAAGGACCCCUGCAGAGAUCAGGGAGGAAUAUGAACGUUUACAGAGGGAGAGAGAUGAGAGGAGACUCCAGCAGAGAACAAACCCUAAGGGGACAAUAAGUGUUGGCAUAGAUGCGUCAGACCUCUUCGACCGGUAUGAGGAGGACUUUGAGGAUGUACCAGGAGGAGGUUUUCCCCACAUUGAGAUCAACAGGAUGCACAUUUCCCAAUCCAUUGAGGCACCCUUAACUACUUCAGAUACUGCUGUGCUCUCUGGAUCUCUGUCUACGCAUAAUGGCAACGGGGGAGGAAAUAUAAACCUUUGUGUGCGGCGUGUGACCUCAGCAAGAGGCUGGGGAGAGCUGGAGUUUGGUGCAGGGGACAUUAGAGGACCUUUAUUUGGGAUGAAAGUGUUCCGUAACGUAACUGCACGCUGCUUUGUGACUGCCCAGUGGGGUUUGCAGUUCUCCUCACGUGGCGUAAAGCCCAGUGCCACUACAAUGAUGGCCCGCAACCUGGACCAGAACACUAUGGGCUACCUGCAGUGGCGCUGGGGAAGCCAGUCUGCCAUGACCACCAGCAUAGUCAGGGACACCAAAACAAGCCACUUCACCCUGGCCUUGCAGCUGGGCGUUCCUCACUCCUACCUGAUGAUGAGCUAUCAGUACAAAUUCCAGGAUGAAGACCAGACUAAGGUCAAAGGUUCCAUCAAGACUGGGUUCUUUGGCACCUUGGUUGAAUAUGGUGCAGAGCGUAAGAUUAGUCGCCACAGUGUUGUGGCCGCAACCGUCAGCAUUGGUGUACCCCAAGGAGUCUCCCUCAAAAUCAGGUUGAACAGAGCCAGUCAAACCUACCUCUUCCCUAUUCACUUAACCGACCAGAUUUUACCCAGUGCUGUGUUUUAUGCCACUGUGGGCCCGCUGGCCUUCUACUUAGCUGUCCAGAAGCUCAUUAUUAUGCCUUACGUACGAGCCCAGAAGGAACAAGAGUUGGAGAAACAUAAAGAGGUUUCUGCUUCAGAUAUUGCUCGCAGGAAGCAAGAGGCUGAAGCUGCCGUUUUGCUGAUGCAAGAGUCAGUGAAGAGAAUUAUCGAUGCUGAGGAAUCUAAAAUGGGUCUCAUCAUUUUAAAUGCUUGGUACGGCAAAUUUGUGUCUGACAAUAAUCAGAAACGCGAGAGCGCAAAGGUCAUUGAUGUGACCGUCCCGCUCCAAUGCUUAGUGAAAGACUCCAAACUAAUUCUUACCGAAGCAUCAAAGGCUGGCUUGCCAGGGUUUUAUGACCCCUGUGUCGGAGAAGAAAAGAGCCUAAAGCUGCUGUACCAAUUCAGAGGAGGCAUGCACCAAGUCUUGUCUGGAGACACAGAGCCUCUUAAAAUACCUAAACAAUCUCACAGAAUUGAUUCAGAGACAUAGGAGUCUACCACACACUGGAAGAAAGAGCUCAAUGGACAUCAAAGGAACUUAAAGGGACAGUCAGACAUAAAGUGAUCCGAAGGGCUGCUCCUCUUCAUUUCAUGUAGUCACCCGUGUAUCACCUUUUAUGUUGUCUGUUAAUCUCAAAUCCCUGACAUAUAUCGUCAACGGGUCGAUCACGUCCUAACAUCUCCAUAAUAUUUGGAGUUUUAACUGAGACUACCGAUGAACCACCUGAACCCAACCCAUAGCUGUCUGUUGUCAAGAGGUGAUUGGAGGUCAUAUCACUCCAUCCAUUAAUCUUAAUGUUAAAGCGGUCCUAUUAUGCUCUUUUACAAAGUCCUGAUUUUGUUUUGGGGGUGUACUUGAACUAGAAAAACACAUUAUUUUUCACAUAUUUUACAUUAUAACAACACCUCUCUCCCCAGUCUGGCAUGAACGGCCUACUGUAUAAAAUGAAGGCCCGAUUCUGAAAUACGAGAUGUGCUGUGAUUGGUUAGCUGGACCAGUGUGUGUUGUGAUUGGCACCACUCUGCGCCUGGUUGGGAAAUGUCAUGCCCCUUACCAUAGCGAGCUUCAGUGUAAAUAUUGCUUCAAAAUCAAAUCAAUUUGGGCAUGAUUUAAACCCGGAUUAUUGUGACCACUCUAAGUCCGUCUACCUUGAAAAAGCUUGCAUGUCUCCGACAUAGUGAUAACACUCGAAAAGCAUAAUAGGACCCCUUUAAUACUGCGACUGGAAACUAUGGCAAUAAAACUCCUCUAACAAAACUGUACUUGAAAAGUAUGGUUCAAAGUAUAAUGAAGUGCUAUACAAAUGAAGCGGUUUCAUAAGAUGUGUUGAUUUUGACAGAUGUUUUUGUAUGUUUGUACACUAGGCUUAAGAACAGGAAAUCUUAUGCUCACCCUGCCUCCAAAAUCACUACAGUAGAAGCAGCAUUUAGUAGACCAAUCUGUUGUGACCAGAGAAUCUUGAUUUCAUUUUUCUCCAUGAGAAGUGUUAUUUGGAUUACAUUCAUCAUGUUAAGUAUAUACAGUUAAAUACAGUAUUUAUAUUUUAAGGUAAAUCUCACAAAGAAAUGCUUGGGUCAUAUUUUCCCUGAAAAUGAAAAAAAAAGGAAAAUAAAUAAAAUUGCUAAAUUACUUUGCUUAUUUUAGUACAAUCAGGACUUUUUGUGUGUUCAUUACAAUUGAUCAUAUCGCCACCCCAAAUUCCAAAUUUAAAAACAACUCUCUCAUUACUGUAAUGUGAACAUUUUAAAUUCUGUCAUAUAUGAAAAAUAAAAAAAUCUAUAUGCAUUAAAUUUAUUUAUUUAAAAUGUGCAUCAAUGAUAUAUUGUGUAUUAUUGUAGGUUACUGACAAUUUGAGGGAAAGGUUUAAACAUACUUCCAAGAAAUCUGUUGUUGGCUGUUGUUUUUGUUUAGCUUGUUGUUCUUAGCAUCUGGAUGUUUGCUUUGAUAGCAACUUUCUCCUGCUCUGUUUUCUUACGUUUUAAUGACUUGAAAUGUCAGCAGCAGUGCUCAGACUGAACUAGUGUAAAACUACAAUGCCUUUUGAGUAUUGAAUAAGGGGGUUAAGCAGAGUAUGAAAGCUCUAUGUUCAGAACAACAUGAUUUUAUUUAAAGAUCCAUUAUUUCAAAUGAUCCUAAAAACCCACUGAACACUCAGAAAAAAAAAAAAAACUACAAAAGUUGUCACUGGGGUGAUACCUUUACAAAAGGCACACCUUUUUUAAUGAGAGUGAACCAUUGUGCCAUGCCCAUUUUGUUAAAAAUUUUCAUGGUUUUAUUAGUGUUUUUGUCAGUAAGUGGGCCUACGUGAUUUGAGUCUGUAGUAGAUGUUUAUUUGUAACCGUCUUUCUAGUUGUCCCUUUCAUCUGGGCUAGAAGAGGGAAAAAAAGACAUUUCAACAGCAAAUUCAUUAUGUUGUUGGAGUAUCAACAAUAAUCUGGAGUCUGAAUCUCUCAGAAUCCUUGGUCAGUGAUAAAUACAUGAACUACUGACCGGCCAUUGCAUUUUUUUUUUUUUUUAAUUGUGAUUAAAAAAAAGGCCUUUAAACAUUCUCUGGUUUGUAAUCAGUACUGUCAUUUUACUCUACAUUUUAGCAUAGUUCACUUCAUGUUCAUGUAAAUGGCUUGUUCGAGCCACAUUUUGCAACUCUGAAAGAAGCUGGUGUAACAUUCCUAUCUGAUGCAAAACCUUAUAAAUGUAUUAAUGUAGUCAACCUGAAGAGAAAUUUAAAUAAAAAGUGCAGAAACCUA